GCAAAGCAAAAAGAACUCCACUGCUGUACGCCGAAAUGGCUCGUGGUUCGCCCAUUCCAAUCCAUAUCAAAUAACGAAAUACUACAUAUUAUAAAGCAUUCGGAAGCCGCAUGAAAUCUGUUAGUGUUAUUCGGUCGUUGGAAGUGCAAACAUCACUCUGUUCCCACCUCGAAGACGUGGGUCCUCUAAGCAAGGGUUUUCCAGUUACUAAUCGGAUUGUAAAAAAGUGACAACAUUUGGAGAGGACAGCGCCGAACGGAUAAACGGGAUUUAACCAGCGGCCCAAAGAAUGUCGUUGGCAGACACUCAAGUACUGAACAGUCCCGUGGUGGACGUUCACAGUGCCGACGAGGUGCAGACGGCUGCCUCGCAGAGUGCAAGCUUCUUCCAACUGGCGAUGACUGCGUUGCGCAUCACAGCGACAACAACCCCCAGCAAUGACCGCAACAACAAUAAUCUCCGUCUGAGAAAGCAAAUAACGCUCGAUGAGGUGUCUUAUCACGACACCAUGCAGGACUGCUGGAUAGUGCUGUACGAUCGAGUGUACGACAUUACUGGAUUUUUGGAAAUGCACCCGGGAGGGCACGACGUCCUGCUGGAGCACGCCGGCCGGGACGCAACGAUUGCCUUCAUGGGCACGGGCCACUCCAAAGCCGCUUUUGCAUCGCUCAAAAUGUACGAAAUCGGAGAACUGCCGCCACGCGAGUGCAUCUACCGGUGCAAGGGAAUGCUCAGCGCCACCGCCGUGCUGCCGGAUUGAAAAUUCGGGGCGCGCGACUUGCGUCGACUGUGAAGAUUAAGACUAAGACUUCUAGAUGGGUGUGUGUGUGUUUCGAUUAGUUCGUAUACUAUGAAUUAUUUUAAUUACUUUAACUUUUACCUGAAAGAACCGUUUCUUAUCAGUUCCAAGAGCUUCACAAUUCAAGAAAUGGUUUCCGUUUUGGUGGCAAAGCUUUAAUUCUAAGAAGAAUGUGCCGUAUUGAUAAGGCUUCGAGUCUGAUACGCGAUCCGUACGACAGUAUUUGUAGAAUGAGGAAACAUUGAUAGUUUGGCAAAAAAAUAACAAAAAAGGACCUGAAUUUACAAAUUGCAUCGAAAGCAUCACAUUUGCAUGAUAUGAAAUGAUCAAUGUGUAGGUAUAGUUGCAUAUUUAUCGAUAGUGUAGACUGUUACUCUAAUAUUAAAAAGAAAACUGAUAAUGCUUGUUCAGAAACAA